CGCAAGGUUUGUGUUGUGUGUGAAUAUGCAGUGAGUGAGGACAGCUCAGGCUAUACUAUGAGGCUGUCACUGCACAUCGCGGUGGUCCUGUUCGCGGUGUACCACACCUGCAGAGCGGACCGACUAUACCGUGCUAUCCCAAGCAAUCCAAAUCAAAACUAUGCUGUCCUAGGUGCACCCAUAUCGGCGGAUUUGAACGAGGAUGGGUACUUUUACCCUAAGCCGAAAAUUCCAUUUCCACCGCCACCACCAAUAACCAGACCACCACCACCACCACCAACUCGGCCACCACCACCACCGCCAACUCGACCACCACCACCACCACUGUCAACUAGGCCACCACCCCCACCUCCAACUCGGCCGCCGCCCCCACCUCCAACUCGGCCGCCACCUCCACCUCCAACUCGGCCGCCACCCCCACCUCCAACUCGGCCACCACCACCACCACCCACUUCAGAGACAGGUUACGUGUAUGAAAAGCCUCGUAUACCUUUUCCGCCCCCACCGUCAACUAGACCUCCACCCCCGCCGCCCCCACCGCCUACUAGACCUCCACCCCCACCGCGCCCACCGUCUACUAGACCUCCACCACCACCCCCUCCUCCUACUACUAGACCACCACCGCCAACAACCAGACCACCUCCACCACCACCUACUAGACCUCCGCCGUCAACAACUGGAUACUAUUACAGCACUCCGAGGGUGCCAUUCCCUCCUUCAACAAGACCGCCUCCACCGCCUACUCCGAGAACAAGACCACCUCCUCCACCUACUCAGCCACCUACGUAUUUACCUCCUACUUCGAGACGACCACCACCUCCCCCACCACCAACAACUAGACCACCACCACCUCCUCCUCCACCAACGACAAAACCUCCACCACCUCCUCCACCACCAACUACGACUAAAACACCAACAUACAGUACAAUAUUAGACAUCUUCAGAACAACUGGCUAUGAAUAUCCAACUCCUAAAGUUCCGUUUACAUUUCCAACUAGAGCCCCAACUCCCACCACGCAAAAACCGAUAACAUAUUUACCACCAGCAACUAGAAGAACUCCGCCUCCCACACAACCCCCGACAAGGCCACCACCCCCACCCACACGUCCAUCAACUUACUUGCCACCACCGACGACAAGAAGACCUCCGCCUCCCACACAACCUCCAACAAGACCUCCUCCACCACCCACACGACCAGCAACUUAUUUACCACCACCGACUACUAGGAGAACGCCGCCUCCCACACAACCUCCAACAAGACCACCUCCACCACCAACACGUCCAUCAACUUAUUUACCACCACCGACUACUAGGAGAACGCCGCCUCCCACACAACCUCCAACAAGACCACCUCCACCACCAACACGUCCAGCAACUUAUUUACCACCACCGACUACUAGGAGAACUCCGCCUCCCACACAACCUCCAACAAGACCACCUCCACCACCAACACGUCCAUCAACUUAUUUACCACCACCGACUACUAGGAGACCUCCGCCACCCACACAACCUCCAACAAGACCACCUCCACCAUCAACCACUAGACCACCAACAUACUCGACAAUAAUACCUGAAUUUAGAACUACCGGAUACGAUUACCCAACUCCAAAAGUACCGUUUACCAUACCUACUAGACCACCUGUUUACAUUCGUCCAUCAACUACAAGAGCUCCGCCAGUAUAUUUACCACCAUCUACGACCCGAGCUCCACCAGUUUACAUUCCGCCGUCAACUACAAAAGCACCUCCUGUAUAUGUACCACCUCCUACGACCCGAGCUGUUUAUAUUCCCCCCUCAACUACAAGAGCUCCUCCUGUGUAUAUACCACCUUCUACAACUCGAGCUCCUCCAGUUUACAGACCUCCAUCAACUACAAGAGCUCCUCCUAUAUAUUUACCACCUUCUACUACCAGAGCUCCACCAGUGUACUUUCCACCAUCAACAACAAGGGCCCCUGUAUACGUGCCACCUUCUACGACCCGAGCGCCACCAGUUUAUAUUCCCCCUUCUACACGGCCGCCAUUUGUUCCCGACCAAGGAUACUUCUACGACAAACCUUCAGUACCCUUUGUGUUCUAAUCUAGUGUAAGGAUGUUAUUAAGAUGCCAUAACUAUUAAAUAUUAUUAUUAUUGUGAUACCAAACUGAGUGUUGAGCGCAACAUAUUGAUUGUUUUUGUUUACAUGUCGAUGUAUUGAUUUUUUAAACCUAAUAUUAAUGUAAAAAGGAAUGUUGUUGCGGAAAUUAUUUAAACCAAUGUUGCACAGUUGCUAGUUGCUUUGAAAAUGUACAAAUUAUUUCAUUAUCUAUUGAUGUAUUUUAUGUAUAAAAUAUAUAUAAAUAAUAAUUAUAAUACUCAAAAGUCUCGAACGCGAAAUCGCCACUGCCUUAAUCUAAUUUUAAGAUUGUAUAAUUAUAUUUUUUAAAUAAAAAAAAUAAUAAUA